AUGAAACGCAAACCAAAAAUAAUAUCGUCUGAUGCAACUGUUCCAAAGAAGCAUCAUUGGGCAAUGGGUUUACUUGUUUCUAUGGAAGAUCCUCAAUAUAAAGUGAAGGAAGACGAUAAAGUAACUGUCAUCAAAGAUAAAUAUCCUAAAGCCCAAUAUCACUACUUAGUUAUACCAAAAGCAGACAUUCCAUCGUUAUGGCAUAUAAAAAAAGAAAAUGAAGAUUUAUUAAUACAUAUGCACUGUGUCGCUGAGGACUUGACUAGGCAACAUAAAGAAUCUGAAUUCCUAUAUUUGCAACCAAUUGCGCGAGAAAGGUGAACUGAAAAAGUUGAAAUCAGAGGAGAGCGCGCAACAUUUGAAUACUCCACUGAAGUGUCACAAAUGUCCGACCACUCCGAAAAAUAUGCCCGAUUUAAAAAGGCAUUUAUUGGCGCAUUUUUCCGGCCGAAAUAACCCUUUCGAUCCUUGA